AUGUCGGACUUCGAUGGUGAAAUGGAUGUGGACGACCCACCCUCCAAAAAUGCUGCCCAGUUCAGCUCCGAUAAUACCAAUGGAAGAGGCAAAAGAAUAGCCGCGGAUCUUCCCAUCGAAGCAGAGGACGUUCUGCCAUGGUAUUAUUUUCCUCUGGAUCUUAUCAUUUCCACCCCCCAUUUCCAGCGGGAGAAGCAGCUAAUAGUUUUCUCGAAAAGGGUCGAAAAGUACCGCCCAAAUACCCUAGAAGAUGCCGUUCCAAAUGCCCCGAACAUUGAUUGGACUAAUCCCUUGUUUGUCCAGCGAUUGCCUCAUUUGCUCCUCUACGGUCCCCCAGGCACGGGAAAAACGUCGACCAUCCUUGCCCUAGCACGGCGGAUAUAUGGGGUGAAGAAUAUGCGACAGAUGGUCCUGGAGUUAAAUGCCAGCGAUGACAGAGGAAUUGACGUUUUCGUCAUCCACCCCUUUAGAUAUUCACUUAGUAACUCGGAAUCAACCCUUGGAGCGUUCAAAUUAAUCAUCCUUGAUGAAGCCGAUGCGAUGACAGCAACUGCGCAGAUGGCACUCCGCCGCAUCAUGGAAAAAUACACCGCAAACACUCGAUUUUGUAUCAUUGCAAACUAUACACACAAGCUCUCUCCCGCGCUACUGUCGCGAUGCACGCGAUUCCGAUUUAGUCCGCUGAAGGAGGAAGAUAUCCGCGUGCUAGUAGACCAGGUUGUCGAGAAGGAGCGGGUGCGGAUACAGCCGGAAGCAAUCGACAGCCUUGUGCAGUUGAGCAAGGGAGACAUGAGACGAGCAUUGAACGUACUCCAGGCAUGCCACGCAAGCACCCCACAUCCAUCCGAUAUUAAAACGAUUAUCACCACAUUAUUAACAACCAGCGACGUGACAUCAUGUUUGAACACUAUCAAAACAUUGAAAUCGACUAAGGGACUUGCCUUGGCGGAUAUCUUGACCUCAAUAUCGACAGAGCUGCAACGCAUUGAAGUGCCUGCCGCAACACGAAUAGUCUGGAUGGAAGGGCUUGCAGAUAUCGAAUGGCGCCUAGCCGCUGGUGGAGGGGAGAUGGUGCAAACAGAUGUUCGUCAAAAUCCCUGA